CUCAUCCAGAAACAGCCUCAGAUUUUUCUUUCCUGGAGAUAGAGUGAAUGGGCAUGGAGCGGCCGGCGGCCCCGGAGCUGCAGGGAGCAGAUGCGCUGCGGCGCUUCCAAGGGCUGCUGCUGGACCGCCGGGGCCAGCUGCACGGCCAGCUGCUGCGCCUGCGCGAGGUGGCCCGGCGCCUGGAGCGACUGCGCAGGCGCUCCCUGGCGGCCAACGUGGCUGGCAGCUCGCUGAGCGCGGCGGGCGCUGUGGCCGCCAUCGUGGGUCUCUCGCUCAGCCCGGUCACCCUGGGGGUCUCUCUGCUGGCAUCGGCCGUGGGGUUAGGGGUGGCCACGGCCGGAGGGGCCGUCACCAUUACGUCUGACCUGUCCCUGAUCUUCUGCAACUCCCGGGAGCUGCGGCGGGUGCAGGAGAUCGCGGCCACCUGUCAGGACCAGAUGCGGGAGGUCUUGAGCUGCCUGGAGUUCUUCUGCCGCUGCCAGAGCCGCGGGGACCGCCAGCUGCUGCAAUGCGGGAGGAACGCCUCCAUGGCCCUGUACAACUCUGUUUACUUCAUCAUCUUCUUCGGCUCACGUGGCUUCCUCAUCCCCAGGCGGGCCGAGGGGGCCACUAGGGUUAGCCAGGCCGUGCUGAAGGCCAAGAUCCAGAAACUGGCUGAGAGCCUGGAGUCCUGCACCGGGGCUCUGGACGAACUCAGUGAGCAGCUAGAGUCCAAAGUCCAGCUCUCCACGAAGUCUAGUAGUGGCCACGACCUCAAGAUCUCGGCUGAUCAGCCCUCGGGGCUGUUUUUCUGAGAACAUCCUUUUCCUUAAUGACUGAGGCCAGAAACUGUCCCUGUGGGAUGCUCCAAAUUGGUAGCUCCCUCAGGAACACACUAUGCUGGGUUAGAGCAGCAUGCAAAGAAUGAAAAAACCGAGCUUGAGUCAGGGCAUGUGUGUCUGCAAUGUCCUUUCGUAUUACUGUGAUACCCUGCCUGGGCUUGACUGCCAGUGACAUUUUAUUUCAAGGUGACUUGGAAGCUACUUUUUUGUCAACACCGUUCAGACACACCUGUCUUCAAGUUGUUCCAGGAUCCCUGGCCAUGCAGGGUGAUGUAAGCCGAGGCUGGAGACAGUGUGCUGCGGACACAGCCCUCUCUGCAUUCUCUUUAAGCCCGAAUGGACUUUGAGUUUCUCAAAAUGUCUGUGAGAGGAACUUAAAAACCUCUCUUCCCAAGAAAAACAAAACACUUCUUUCCAGUGUUGCUUGAGUACAAUGAAGCCAGAAUCCAGAGCAAAUCAGCCUCUGAAGUGUGUGAGAGGGUUUAGGACCCAAGAGAGGCCUACCCUAGCCUACCCUACCUUAUCCUCUCAGCUUGCCCUCUCAAGCUUCCAGCCAGGCGGGUGGAGGGACCUUCCCUGGUGGCUUCUUAUCCACAGCUCCAGUUACUUUGAGAGGGGAAACCAAUUAAAUGGUCAUCUGUAUUCUGCCUGCCCCUCACAACAAGUAGCUGAGGCCAAGAAGUGACCCACAACUUCAUUGUUGACAUCUUUGCUAGAGAAGAGAACAUUAGCUUUUGAAUUAGACAGCCCAGGGUUUACUGUAAGGUCUGUUACUACCGGGUGACCUUGAUCACUCAGUCUGGCUUCCUGAUCUAUAAAACAAACCCUAAAACAUCACAAAGCUGCCUGUCUCUCCAAGUGUGGCCCCUGGACUGGCAACAUUAACAUCACCUAGAAAUGUGUUAGCGAGGCAGGGUUUUGGACUCCACUCCGUACUUCUGCAGCAGCCUAGCAACUUGUGUUUAAACAAGCCCUCUGGGUGAUUCUGAUGCCCUCUAAACUUUGAAAACCUCUGCAACAGAUGCUAGCUUCUGAGACUUGCCGUGAGCUUUCACAGCAUCUCAUGGUCUCUCUAGGGGCUUCAGAGUCAUUCACAGAAGGUCAAGGACAGACUGUCCCAGAAGUGCAAGUAUGUGUGUAUGUGCUGGUCAGUGCAUCCUGGGGGCAGUCUUCCUACAUGUGAACUAAGGGGUGUAGCCUACUAAGCCCUUUAGAGGGCAGUGUAGCCCACUCAUUGUGGAAACUGGUACAAAAGGAAUGUGAACCUACUGGAUAUUGACCGCUAUUACCUUCUCUGAAAACUGCCAGACCACAUGUUGCUAUUAUUAUUUUUAAUUUAUUUUAAGUUUAUUAUUUAACUACCGUUUAUUGUUUGCAUUUAAUUUUAUUUAAUCACAUUUUGUAAAUAAUGAGAAUAGUUUCUCUCCCUCAGAGGGGAGUGUUUUUUCCUCCAGUGUUUUAAAUGAUCCUUUUAAGUAAGUGUGCAAAGUUCUGCAUAAAGAGAUUGGGAAAUGAGUUUAAGCAUAUAACUAAAUGGAGGCUUGAUUUGUAGUUAAUAAGUGAUGCAAACACUUUUGUCCUGAAGGUACUUUACCAACAGACAACACUUCACCUGAAAAGAGCAAUUACUUAGUUUAGGGAGAACAAAACCCUAUUAAAGACGUGUGAAGGAAGCAUUUUUAACCUUGGAAGCAGGUGUCCUAUGAAGUUAUUAUUUAUGGGUGAUGGACAAAAUCAUUGGUUUGAUGGGCCUUUGGGACUUUGGGAGCUGUAAUAAAUCUGUAAGCUGUCCCUAAGGAAAUACUUAGAAUUUCUUCCAUUUCCAUUCCUACAACUGUAAUGUUGAAAAUACAUUGAAAAGUCUUUGGGAGUUUAUUGACAAUGCUUUAAACGUACCAGUCUAUCGCAGGCUUCCCAGUAAUGGCAUUGUGUUUGAGAAAAUAGAAUUUCAGUGCUGGGGUAAGGGAUGGCUGCUUCUAUAUUUUUAUUUUUCUGUAAAUUGCAAUCAAUUUUCAUCCUUCAUUUCCUAGACUACCUGGCUUAGGUGCCAGAACACCACAAUGUACUUCACAUUGUCAUUUGUGUUGUGUCACCAAGGUAUAGUGUCCUAACUCCACCUUGGUUAAUGUUUAGGUUUUAAUUAUUUUCUUCCAAGAUCUUCUGGUGUUCCCCAGAAAUAAUUUGGGCACUUCUGGAAGAGGGAGCAGCAGCAGCAAACUUUUCCUAGCACUAGGAUAUUCUGGAUAUAUCAAAAUCCAAAACUCAGAAGUAAUAAUUUUUGUGGCCCAUGGUUCAUUUGAGGAAGAGGGUUUACUUUGGAAUUCAUUGAGAAUGAACAGUUUUCCACCCUCUUAUGUGUUUGUUAUAACGAUUGGUGCCUGUACCAGGAUUUAGUCAAGUUUAUUUAAGUGGAUUCUAGAGGCAAAUAUUAUUUAUUUUUUUAUGUGGGAAUGUGAGUGAAGCUUUUCCUGAAGGCUUUCAACUAUACACAAACAGAUUGAAAUGGUAUGUUGUAAAGGGAAGGAAGAGGGGUAUUUAGAUUACAAGUGUGCUUCAGAAAAACAUCCAAG